CCAAAUACCCCGGAUUAAAAUGCCCCCCGCAUUACGUAAAUCCCGCGAGACCCUCGGCAAAAUUCGUCGCGACGAUUCCCCCAGUCGUCCCCGACAAUCCAAAAAUCCACGGGUCAGAGCCAAAACAUUACCUGCGCCUUAGUGACGUCACGACAAGUUGCGAAAAUUUUUUCCGGUGGAUUUGGCAGUUGCGUCAAGUGCUGAACAAGCCCCAAUCCCAAUCCGCGGUUGCAGCCAGUGAUCAGAAUCGAAUUCAUAAUUUUCAAUGUUGAAAAAUCCGUUCACUUAUCUCUUCCCCUCGAGAGCCCCAACUUUACGUCGCCGAUGAGCACUUUUUCAGUCUCGUGAAGCAAAAGUGCGUGGUUAAACUGUCUUUAUUCCCGAUAAAUCCGAGAUCGCAGCGGGAAAAAAUCGAGAUUCUGCAGCGUCAUACAGACGGUCUGGCAGUGUGCCGUGACGUCAUCACGAUAUAAACACUGCGAUGGCGACUUGUACGUUUUACUUCCGCGUAUCGUCAGUUCGAGCGUGCGUUCGUCAUUUUUCCAGGGGAUUGUUUGUCAGUGUGAAAACAAGUAAACGGGGGAAUCUCAUUGGGAUGACUAACAGAACUCUCGUGGCAUGUCUCUGCACGAAAUCGCAGUACGACUACCACUUGGUGGUGAUCGGAGGUGGUUCCGGUGGUCUUGCGGCCGCCAAAGAGGCCGUUGAGCUCGGCGCCACGGCCGCAGUCUUCGAUUACGUGACACCGUCCCCUCAGGGCACCAAGUGGGGCCUCGGUGGCACCUGCGUCAACGUCGGAUGCAUUCCGAAGAAGCUGAUGCACCAGGCGGCUCUUCUGGGCGAAGCCAUCCACGAGGCCACUGCCUUCGGCUGGCAAGUGCCCGAGCCCAAGGCCAUUCCCAACGAUUGGGCGGCCCUCACCACUGCUGUCCAGAACCACGUCAAGUCCGUCAACUGGGUGACCAGGGUCGAGCUCAGGAACAAGAAGGUCGACUACAUCAAUGCCAGUGGCUACUUCAAGGACCCCCACACCGUUGUUGGGGUCGAUAAAGCCGGCAAGGAGAAGACUGUCACUGCCGAGAGAAUCUUAAUCGCUGUGGGCGGGAGGCCCCGGUAUCCGGACAUCCCUGGGGCACUGGAGUACGGAAUCACUAGUGAUGAUAUUUUCAGCCUCGACAGGGCUCCUGGGAAGACACUGGUCGUUGGGGCUGGAUAUAUUGGCCUUGAGUGCGCUGGAUUUCUCAAUGGUCUCGGUUACGAUGCAACGAUAAUGGUGCGAUCGAUAGUUCUUCGCGGAUUUGAUCAACAAAUGGCGAAUCUUGUAGCUGAGGAAAUGGAGCAACGCGGAGUGCAUUUUAUUCACCAAGCCAAACCCAAGGCUAUUGAGAAACAAGAGGACGGAAGAUUGUUGGUCCAUUGGGUCGACAAAAAUGGAGAAGUGCAUCAGGAUGUCUACGACACUGUAUUAUUCGCUAUUGGAAGGCAGGCCUUGACGCCGCAAUUAAAACUAGACAAUGCUGGAGUGAAAGUUGUCCCCGAGACUCUGAAGAUUGACACCGUAAACGAACAAACCAAUGUGGAGAAUAUUUACGCUGUUGGAGAUGUUCUUCACAAACGACCAGAGCUCACCCCAGUGGCCAUUCACGCUGGAAAACUGCUGGCAAGACGGCUAUUUGGCAAUUCUGAGGAGAAAAUGGACUACACCAAUGUGGCCACGACUGUUUUCAGCCCUCUAGAGUACGGAUGCGUGGGACUGGGUGAGGAGCAGGCACUUGCCGUCCACGGAGAGGACAACAUUGAAGUCUACCAUGCCUUCUACAAGCCAACAGAGUUUUUCAUUCCACAAAAAAAUAUGUCACACUGUUACGUCAAAGUCGUUGCACUCAAGGGAAAUGAUCAGAGGAUUCUUGGGAUGCAUUUUAUAGGGCCACAUGCUGGCGAAGUCAUCCAAGGCUUCUCCGCAGCUAUGAAAUGCAACAUUACAUUCCCACAACUGAAAUCAACAGUCGGAAUUCAUCCAACGAGUGCCGAAGAGUUCACUCGAGUUUUUAUAACGAAAAGCUCGGGGCUGGAUCCAACCCCCCAGAGCUGCUGCAGCUAGGAAAAUAACAGAUGCAAAUGAGUUUCAAUAAAUUUCUUUUCUCAUUAAAACCGUCACAAAAAGUAUUGAAACGAAAUUCUUUAUUUUGUAAAAUUAAAGAUUUUGUCUUAACUUUUUUUCUUUCUCUCUCUCUCUCUCUCUCUUUCGCAGAAUUUUCACAGAAUUGCUGUUAUAUAUUUUUUAUAUGCAUUGCGUCUUUAGAAAUGUACAAUAGUUGUUGAGUAGACGGGGGAGAAGGCUAAAGUCACUGUCGAGGGGAUGAAAAAUUUCUGUUACAUCAGGUUUACCAUUCUCCUGUACGAGAAUUUUAGCUUUCAUCUGUAUUACUAUCUUACACCUUUAUUACAAAUUUGAGAAUAAUAAAACCUAAUGUCAUUAUAAA